AUGAGUGGGGGGAUCACUAGGUUGAAAGAACACCUUACUCACAUCGGAGGUAACGUCAUUGGUUGUCCUAAUGCGAGUAACGACAUCAAAAAAAGAGUUCUAGCAUCCAUUAGUGAAAAGAAUAAGAAAAAGAAAGAACGAAAUAGAAAUGUAGAAAUCCUUCGACAAUAUUCGGUUGAAGUUGAUGAUAUUGAUGAUAUUGAUGAGGAUGAGCAAGACGUAGAUGGAAUAGAAAUUAUCGAAGGAGGAAGAGCACGAGCACAAGCCUCAACACAGCCUCGUGGUUUAAAAAGAAAGYCCGCUAGUGAUGUUCGCGGGCCUCUUGAUGCGAUGUUGAAGCCCGAUUAUGYCAAGAUAAAGCAAGCCACUUUAGAUAGAAACAAUCCAAUCAAAGAGAAGUUAAAGUUGGCCGCUUGGAAAGAGUUUGCGGUUUGGGCAUAUUCGGUUGGGUUGCCRUUUAAUGCCGUGAAAGAUGAGAACUUUCAAAAGUUCAUAAAUGCUGUUGGAGAGUAUGGAAAGGGCAUGCCGGCUCCAAGUUAUCAUAACAUUCGGGUCACAUUGUUGAAAGAUGUACUUGAGGACACCAACAAGUUUGUAGACUCCUUUCGUUCACACUGGAAGAAGAGUAAAUGCACUAUUAUGUCCGAUUUUUGGACAGACGGGAAAGGGAGAAGCUUGAUYAAUUUUUUGGUCAAUUGUCCACAAGGGACAAUUUUUUUGAAAUCAAUUGAUGCAUCGGAGCAUGUGAAAGAUGCACAAUUAAUUGUACAGAUGAUCAAUGAGGUUAUAGAGGAUGUCGGAGAGGAGAACAUCGUGCAAUUUGUCACCGAUAAUGGGUCCAACUUUAAAGCUGCUGGAAAAAUCUUGGAAGAACAACAUCCUCAGAUGUUUUGGACACCAUGCGCAGCACAUUGCGUGAAUCUUAUGAUAGGCGAUGUCGGAGAGAAAAUUCCGAAGAUUAAAAGUGUGUUAGUUGAUGCGAGAGCGAGCAUCCAUGAGAAUCGGCAUCAUCUCCAAGUUCUAUUUGUUUCUGAACAAUGGAGGAAGAGUGACUUUGCCAAGAAACCCAUCGGAAAAAGAAUUGAACGGAUAAUAGCUAGGCAAGAGUUUUGGGACAAUAUUUAUCUUGCUUGUCAGCUAUUGGCACCGUUGGUUGAUGUUGUUCGGUUGGUUGAUACGGAGGAGAAGCCGUGUAUGGGCUAUAUAUACSAUGCUAUGGAGAGAGCUAAAGAUCAAAUUAAGAAGAACUUGACUGGCACCGUUCACGAAAGACUGAUCACUAAAGUGUGGUCAAUGAUUCAAGCACGAUGGAGUGACAAACUUCAUCAUCCUUUGCAUGUCGGUAAAUUGAGAGAGGGUGGAUUGAGGUGGUUUGAGCAUGUCCAAAGGAGACAGUUGACAACACUUGUGAGGAGAGUGAAGAGAGUAAUUGUAGAGGGGAUGAGGAGGGGUGGGACUAGAAGAACGUGGGAUGAACAGUUGAGAUUGGACAUGGUAGCUUUAGGUAUUUCCGAGGACAUGACCUCUCAUAGAAGUUCUUAG